AUGUAUGUGGUGAGACGGAGGGGGAUGCCUUGGGGCUGUACCUGUGCUCCACACGGAAAAAGCUGAGAAAAAUAGUGAUUAUUAUCAGUGUAUCCUGGAGCUCCCAACACUGGUCUUUGUGUGGUGAGAUCUGGCCAUCAACCACAGAGAAAAACGACACUGAUUCAACCUUGACUACCUCUCCUCUGCCCUUAUCAUGCUUUUACAACUCCUCACCGCAGUGUGUGUGUUUGUGUGUGUGUGUGUGUGUGUGUGUGUGUGUGAGAAAGUGAAUGAGUCUCUUGUCUGUGUGUGAGUGUAUUCUGUGGCCAGAGUGUAGCCCCCUGGGAUCGGCACUCUUGACAUCAAAAGGCCAAAAGAACAGAAAAACAGAGAGGAAGAGGAGAGCGAGGGAAGGGAAGCUUUUGUGUGUGUGGCCCUGAGAGCUCAGUUCCUAAUGAGACGUAGUCAGCAACACAACACAAAAAACCUGCAUCAGACCCAUUCAGAGAAGGAAAGCAAGCAAGUGCGUGCGUGCGUGAGAGAGAGAGCGAGAGAAACGUUGUACGCCGGCAUAACACUAAGAGAAACAACCAUGCCAUCUGCAACACCUGUAUCAGAUUUAAUUUCUGUCGUCUUGCCAAACCCCCCGCCUCUAUAAAAUAUCAUAUCAAAUAUAGACACGCACACAUAGCAGCCGCCACAUGUCGGGCUCAUCAUGUCAGACAAAUGUAUGUGUUGACGUUAUUCUCUCACUACAAGGCUUAGUAUACUAAAUAUCUGACAUAUGGUCUGGGCCUGAGGCUGUCUAUGAUUCAGGGGGGACUGAGAGAGAGAUAUGGUCUGGGCCUGAGGCUGUCUAUGAUUCAGGGGGGACUGAGAGGGAGAUAUGGUCUGGGCCUGAGGCUGUCUAUGAUUCAGGGGGGACUGAGAGAGAGAUAUGGUCUGGGCCUGAGGCUGUCUAUGAUUCAGGGGGGACUGAGAGAGAGAUAUGGUCUGGGCCUGAGGCUGUCUAUGAUUCAGGGGGGACUGAGAGGGAGAUAUGGUCUGGGCCUGAGGCUGUCUAUGAUUCAGGGGGGACUGAGAGAGAGAUAUGGUCUGGGCCUGAGGCUGUCUAUGAUUCAGGGGGGACUGAGAGGGAGAUAUGGUCCUAGGAACCCACUGUGGAUCCAGGUCUUCAUCUCAACUCAGGUAAUUAGCCCACGUUGAACUAUUAGACAUAUUCUUGGUCAAUAUUCUUAAAGAGAUGGCAUUUGUUUGUGUAUAUUUCGGAGAAAAUCUCUAAAAUGAGGGAUUCAAAGUUAAUUGGUGGCCUUUAACGAGGCAGAUCCUAAUUGAUGGUCAUCUUCAGUGGGUACCCAGGACCAGGGUUGAAUCCACAGCUGCAUUGUGUGGGCUGGAGAGAAGCAGAGGGAAUAUUUUGUGUCACCAAUGAAAGGAGAGUGAAUGUCCGUACAUCCGCUGUUUGCUGCUGCCGAGCGUGAUCUUUAUUUGAGUGAGUUAUACAACCAUAUAUUACUAUUAACCAUAUCGUCUUACUAAACUCUGUGACUCGACAGUCAUAUAAUCACACAAAAGUUGCUCUGAUGAAGACCAUCACGUUCAAAACUCACGUUGAUCACCAGAUCAAUGAAAAUCAUGCUUGGGAGCAGAAAACGGUGAACACAUAUGCUUUAUGUUCAUUGACACGCUGUUUCUAGUCCAGCUCCUGUGCUAUAUUUGAAUGUGUGAUAUUCCUUUCUUUCCUUCUUCUGUGGUGUCCCCAUUUCAGGCAGGUGGCCAAGAAACGCAAGUAAUGCAUAAAGGUGACAUUGUUAGGUGUUACUGGACAUCCCAGCGCAGUAUCACACACCUGGAUCACACCUGUGGGUCCAACUAUUUGAUUAUCACAUAUUUAAUGUUCAAGAUAGGGUGACCGGGUGCAAAACACAUAUUAUGCAAAUUUGUGGAUUGUUUAGCUCAAAGAUGCCAAAAAGAGUCUCUUUGUCACGACAAUGGGAGGUAUACAUGAACACACAGAGGGAGGAGGCAUAGAGGGAGAUAGUUAGAAAGAGGGAUAUAGAGAGACCGGGAGGGAGAAAAAGUUAGAGAGUUGAAAGGAAAGAGGAACAUAGAAAGAGUUGAGACUACAGAGUGGCUUUGGGCUGUCCUGAGAGGGAGAGCGAGAGUGUUAGACGGCUGUCCUGUGUGUGCCUGAAGAGAACAUGACGUGUUUCAGCAUCACCAGUGCUCUACUGUGGAGGGGUCCUCUGGGUCUGGGGACCUCCACACUCACCACACCAAAGAGGUAUCUCUCCCUUACCUUACUUUCUCCUUCUCUCCCCCUUCCUCUCUGCUUCUCUCUCUCUGAUGGGGUCCUAAAUGAGGAGUGACCGACUGCUUGUUUCUCCAUAGUUGUCGUUAACUCUAAAAGUUGAAGCCUUGGGGGGGGGGGAUGAUAAGGUUCUGAAGUGUCUGUCCUAUAUCUAGGACAUAUAAGAAAGAUCAGGAAAUAUACACACUACCGGUCAAAAGUUUUAGAACACCCACUCAUUCAAUUGUUUUUCUUUAUUUGUUACUAUUUUCUAAAUUGUAGAAUAAUAGUGAAGACAUCAAAACUAUGAAAUAACACAUGGAAUCAUGUAGUAACCAAAAAAGUGUUAAACAAAUCAUAAUAUAUUUUAUAUUUGAGAUUCUUCAAAUAGCCACCCUUUGCCUUGAUCGAUCGAUCAAUCAAUCAAUGAAAUUGUAUUUAUAAAGCCCUUUUACAUCAGCAGAUGUCACAAAGUGCUAUACAGUAACCCAGCCUAAAACCCCAAACAGCUAGCAAUGCAGAUGUAGAAGCACGGUGGCUAGGAAGAAACCUAGAGAGGAACCAAGCUCUGAGGGGUGGCCAGUCCCCUUCUGGCUGUGCCGGGUGGAAAUUAUAACAGUACAUGGCCAUUAAGGCCAGAUUUUUCUCCAAGAUGUUCAAACGUUCAUAGAUGACCAGCAGGGUCAAAUAAUAAUCACAGUGGUUGUAGAGGUUGCAACAGGUCAGUACGUCAGGAGUAAAUGUCACUUGGCUUUUCAUAGCUGGGCAUUUAGAGGUUGAAAUAGCAGGUCCGGUAGACAGCUUUGCAGACUCUUGGCAAAGCAGUAAUACCAGCUGAGCUAGGAUUGUGUAAUAAAGUGUUAUUAAGCAUUAGGCAGAGGGAAUGGCUGCAGUGGGGCUUUACAGAGCAUCUAACUUAAUAAUAAAUAAUAAUAUGCCAUUUAGCAGACGCUUUUAUCCAAAGCGACUUACAGUCGUGCGUGCAUACAUUUUUGUGUAUGGGUGGUCCCGGGGAUCGAACCCACUACCUUGGCGUUACAAGCGCCGUGCUCUACCAGCUGAGCUACAGAGGACCACAACUUAAUUCCCCCAGGGAGGACCAUGGUACUAGAGUCCCACUAAGCAUCUGAACCUGUACUAUAGUGCACAUGUUACUUUACAAGGGUUCUGUCCCAGCCACUGAUCAGGCUUCAAUGUUGCCAUCGCCAGCCUCACCUGCCACUAUACCAGCCCUCUGGGCAUAAGGGAAUCAACCACUCUCGGCUGGCGGACAACUGCAUGUAAACAUGCUAACUUUGCCAGAGCAUUUAAACAUUCCUAAAGCAGGAUUGAUUGAAUCCAGCUAUAGGUUUUUAAUGGCUUGGGCACCUUAACACAACAUUAAACAAUUCUUCCACCAGGGGAUGAGUGUGUCAAGUCAGUUCUGUCUGUGUUUGUGUCUCUCUCUGCCCCAAGGAGCCCAUACAGAGCUUCUGUCUUUAGAUUUGUCAGUCUCAGAGUUCACGAUGGCAGAGUUUUUAUUUGUUUAGUAAAAUAACUCAGCCACUUGAUCAGCCGCCGUGUGCUGGAAUGGAACUGGCUCCUGGCUCAUCUCUCUCUCUCUCUGUCGCUCUCGCUCUCUCUCUCUCUCUCUACUAGUCCCCUUCAGGCCAUGUUUGGAAAACAACAAAGACAGUGCUGGGCAAACUAACCGCUCCUGUCAGGGAGGGAGGGAGGGAGGGAGAGCGAGAAAGAAAGAAAGAGAGAACAACAGAAGACAUUGGCAUUGCAGAUGCCCUGGGGUGAGAUGUUUGGUUUGCACGUUACAACAUGUUGGGUAACUGAAGCUUUUGUCGGCUGUUUAGUGUGUCGUGGGAAGUGUAUGAUUUCAGAGGUGUCGGAGCUCAAAGACUCAGUGCUAAUCUUAUCCUGCCUCCCUCCUUUCUUAGACGUAAUCACUGAUCUGAACAUGACUGGAUUGGUGAAGGCAAUGUAUAUGAACUCGCUUUCACCUGUCUCCGAGUUUCCAUUCCGUUUGAACUAGACUGUAACAGUCUUGGAAAAGUAUUUUCGAUAAGUGCAAACUGUUUACGUGCAAUACAGUUUUCCAGUCCCACUUCAAUGAAAUUGUUUUUAAUUGCUAUGGAUAAAUGCAUGCUUUAGUUUAGUACAUGAUGUCAUGACAGUCCCAAGCCGCUAUAUUUACCAGGAGUCUUACAUAUAGGACUGUGGUGAGGCUCAUAGAUCUCCACUAGAUGUUGGAACAUUGCUGCGGGGACUUGCUUCCAUUCAGCCACAAGAGCAUUAGUGAGGUCGGGCACCGAUGUGGGGUGAUUAGGCCUGGCUCACAGUCGGCGUUCCAAUUCAUCCCAAAGGUGUUCGAUGGGGUUGAGGUCAGGGUUCUGUGCAGGCCAGUCAAGUUCUUCCACACCGACCUCAACAAAGCAUUUCUGUAUGGACCUCGCUUUGUGCACAGGGGCAUUGUCAUGCUGAAACAAGAAAGGGCCUUCCCCAAACUGUUGCCACAAAGGUGGAAGCACAGAAUAAUCUACAAUGUCAUUGUAAGCUGCAGCAUUAAGAUUUCCCUUCACUGGAACUAAGGGGCCUAGCCCAAACCAUGAAAAACAGCUCCAGACCAUUAUUCCUCCUCCACCAAACUUCACAGUUGGCACUAUGCAUUGGGGCAGGUAGCCUUCUCCUGGCCUCCGCCAAACCCAGAUUCGUCCGACAGACUGCCAGAUGGUUAAGCGUGAUUCAUCAUGCCAGAGAAUGCAUUUCCACUGCUCCAGAGUCCAAUGGCGGCGAGCUUUACACCACUCCAGCUGACACUUAGUAUUGCGCAUGGUGAUCUUAGGCUUGUGUGUGGCUGCUCGGCCAUGGGAACCCAUUUCAUGACAGUUAUUGUGCUGACGUUGCUUCCAGAGGUAGUUUGGAACUUGGUAGUGAGUGUUGCAAUGAUUUUUACGCGCUACGCGAUUCAGUACUCGGUGGUCCUGUUCUGUGAGCUUGUGUGGCCUACCACUUCGCGGCUGAGCCGUUGUUGCUCCUAGACAUUUCCACUUCACAAUAACAGCAUGUACAGUUGACCGGGGCAGCUCUAGCAGGGCAGAAAUUUGACAAACUGACUUGUUGGUAAGGUGGCAUCCUGACGGUGCCACGUUGAAAGUCACUGAGCUCUUCAGUAAGGCCAUUCUACUGCCAGUGUUUGUCUAUGGAGAUUGCAUGGCUGUGUGCUCGAUUUUUAUACACCUGUCAGCAAAGGGUGUGGCUGAAAUAGCCGAAUCCACUAAUUUGAAUGGGUGUCCACAUACUUUUGUAUAUACAGUGUAUCUGUGGUCAGGUCUAUGGUACGGCAGGCAGUCCUAAAGGUAUGCUGUGUUAUGACAGGCUGUGGUCAGCUCAACUGCUGUGUCCUACAAUAAUAAUAAUUUGAAUGUGUGUUACAGGUUUGACCUGCAUGGUCUCAUAAAGAGAAGCAUGUUAAACCAACCCAGAGUUCUAGGUGGUCUAUUAGGCCACAAUCAGACACUACUCUCUAACCCUGUUGCAUAUUCAGCCUAUUGCAUAUUUACUUGCUUCAAGAUGUCCAAUCAAGCUAAGGUAACUGAACUAAAUGACUAUCGCCCUGUGGCACACCUCUGUCAUCAUGAAGUGCUUUGAGAGGCUGGUCAAGGACCGUAUCACCUCCACCUUGCCCAACACCCCAGACCCACUACAAUUUGCAAUUGCUGUUUCACUGCACAUCGCCCUAUCCCACUGGGACAUUGAGGAAUACUUAUGUGAGAAUGCUGUUCGUCAACUACAGCUCUGCUUUCAACCCCAUAGUGCCCUGCAAGCUUGUCACUAAGCUCAGGGCCCUGGGUCUGAACCCCUCCCUGUGCAACUGGGUCCUUGACUUCCUCACGGGCCGACCCCAGGUGGGUGUAUGGGUAGGAAACAACACCUUUGCCACGCUGACCCUCAACAUGUGGGGCCCCCCAGGUGUUUAUGUUCAGCCCCCUCCUGUACUCUCUGUUUGCAUUUCCUGUACUCCCAUGACUGCAUGGCUACGCACAACUCCAACUCAAUCAUCAAGUUUGCUGACGACACAACAGUGGUAGGCCUGAUUACCAACAACAACGAGAUGGCUUACAGGGAGGAGGUUAGAGCCCUGGAGGAGUGGAGCCAGGAAAAUAACCUCUCCCUUAACGUAAAAAAAACAAAGGAGCUGAUUGUGGACAACCGAAGACAGAGGAGGGAGGACCUGAAAUGGUCCCACCAAACCGACACUGUGGUGAAGAAGGCGCAACAGCGCCUCUACAACCUCAGGCAGCUGAAUAAAUUAAUCAUGGCCCCUAAGACCCUGAUAAACUGCUAUAGAUGCACCAUUGAGAGCAUUCUGUCUGGCUGCAUCACCGCCUGGUACGGCACCUGCGCUGCCAUAAACUGAAUGGCUCUCCAGAGUGUGGUGCGGUCACCGGGAGCACGCUGCUUUCCCUCCAGGACACUUACAGCACUCGUGUCAAAGGAAGGCCAACAGAUCAUUUUAAGGACCUCAGCCACCCAAGUCACGGUCUGUUCACUCUGCUACCAUCUAGCAGAAAGAGACCGUACAGGUGCAUCAAAGCUGGGACUCGAAAGACUGAAAAACAGCUUCUAUCUCCAGGCCAUCAGACUGUUGAAUAGCCAUCUCUAAGUGAGAGAUUCUACUGCGAAGUAUCUACUGCUGUACAUAUCAUUCUUAGUAUAUAUUUUUAGUGUAUAUACGCAUAGAUUGCAUUUGGAUUACUGAUAGUGUUAUUUGGGUUGUUAACUUGAUUUUUCCUGACAUUCAUGAGUUCUUGUUUUUUUAAAAUUGGAUUAUCAUUUGAUGAUCUGUUUGCAUUUUUACUUCAUUGUUAGGAGCUAGUAACACAAUACUUUUGCUGCACCCGCUAUAACAUCCGCUAAACUGUGUAAGCGUUUAUUUAACAUUGAAAUCACACUUUACAAUUCCCAAACCCACAUGCACACAAGUUCCGCAUGGAUGCAGUUUGAUGUAAACAUGGACGGUGUACAUUUAACUAGAUUUGUGUUGAGAGCACUGAUAAGCUGAGGUGAGGCGAGCCCAAGCAUUGUCUGAGCUGUGACACUACGGCAUUGUUUAACUCUAAGAUUAGAUGUGCCGGACCCCAACCCCAGAAAACACACAAACCUUAAUGCAUACCAGGCUGUCAGCAGGUCUGUGACUCAAAUUCUGGGCAUGCCUUUGUGUUGGACACACAGGCAGAGCGGUGACACACUCGCGCGCACACAUGGGUGGCAGUCUAAAGCCACCUGUAUCAGCUCUAUAAGCCAGCCACUUUUGAACGCAGAUGGGAAUGCUGUUCGGAAGACCAGGAAUACAUUCCUGUGCUCCACAGCAGGAUGCUGACUGCCACCAACACCCCCCACAGGGAAACAUCAUCACUCCUUAAACAUUAGGAACAGUCAAAUGAACAGAGUGUUUGAGAUGAAGACGAAAGGCUUGAGGUGUGUGGAGGAAAGGGAUUUGAGUGGAUUCUGAAGGUUGUUGCCACAGGCAGUCCUCUAUAGCCUAGAGGUGAAGAGUGUUUGGCCAGUAACCGAAGGAUCGCUGGUUUGAAUCCCCGAGCUGGCAAGGUGGAAAAAUCUGCUGUUCUGCCCCCAGUUAACUCCCAACAACAACUGCCCCGAUUCAGAGGGGUUGGGUUAAAUGCUGAAGACACACUGAAUGCAUUCAGUUGUGCAACUGACAAGGUAUUCACUUUCCCUCUAUGCUCUACGAUUAGAGUACCCCCCCCCCAGCACAUUAAAAAAGUUAAAGGUUAUGGUGAAUGUAUUGGUUCUCAACUCACUCACUCAUACACACAGGUUUAGAGCCUUGGCCUUUGGCAGGCAGGUGGCUUUGUGUAGAGACAGAAUAUGAAAGGGGGAACGGGGGGAGGUACUCUAAUCGCUCGGCAGAAUGGUGGCGCUCCGAAAUUUUCCCCCGUUCCCCGAGUCCGUCGGCACAUUCCGCAGGCAUUGUUAUCUGCGCUGUUUCCUGCGGCCCGCGGCUUUUGUCCGUCUCGCUCAUUGUCCCGGCUUCCUUUGUUCUCCCCGUCUAACAAUGGCUUUUUUCUCUCCCUUUAUAUAUAUGUGCACUUUUCGCCCUGUGUGUUCUGUUUGUUUUGUUCUCCUGUCUGGCGUGCUUUUAUUUCCUCCUGCAGCGGAGGUGGGAAAAAACACAUCUAAAGUCGGAGAGUUCAUUAAGGUUCAGCCUCUCUCUCUCUGCUCUCUCAACCUGUCCUUAAUUCCAUCUCUCUCCAUCUCUCUGUAUAUUUCUGUUCGUGUGUGUGUGUGAUGUGCAGAGUCUUCGCCUUGUCAUGAUGGUUAACUUUCCCUGAGACUAGAAGUUAGGUUUUCAAGCUAAAGGUACAGUUGAAGUGUGUGUGAUAUUCACAGUAUGUCCUUUGUUCCCUACGCAAAGCAAUGGUUUCUAUACACACACACCCAAAGCUCAGAGACCCAGAGAUACAGUCACACCUGGAAAGGUCUCAUUUACUUUUCUUUGUCUUGAUUACACAGAGUAGGUUUUUUCUUACAGACAAAGUUGGUCGUGGUGUGUGUGAAAUAGUGGGUAAUUUUAGGGUAAUUCAAUAUUGUGUUCGGGUUGAAUAAAGAGGAACAAUACCUUAAUGCAAUAAAUAUAUAAUUAUUGUGCAAUUUAUAUAGGAUACAUUGAGGUUCUAAGUUCAUUAUUUAGGCUAUCUGGUAUUACUGCAUAAGCCUAAAGUUAACAUCAAUCCACGGAGUCAAAAAGGACAUUGUCUAAGUUUAAUUCAAUAAGAAAAAUCUGCGAAAGGAGAGUUGAACAUAAAGAGAAGGGAGGGCCAGAAAAGUAAUGUUUGGGAAAUAUUUGGUGAAGUGGUAAAAGAGGAUGAUAUCACUGCCGUCUAUGUUAUGUGUGAUGAUUGUGAGGCUUUAUACAAAUUCGACAGUCACAAGACGGGACUUAAAAUAGGCCUAUGGCAUGUCAAGGGAACAAACUGUAGCCUACUGUUUAGAUCGGUUAAAUCGAAACUGAAAUCUGGACAUUGACUAACCAGAAUAACCUACUGUUUUUUUUGUCAAACUCCAAAAUCCACUGAUAAUAUUAGUCCCGUGUGAAUCGACAUCCCUGUGUUUUGAGAGAAAUGUCUGAGUUUGACAGGUGUCGCUCACGGUUUGGAAAAAAACGAAUCCAGUCAGAAUCGUCCUCUGGAAUAACGGACAUUCUGGGAUAAUAAAUACAUAACCAACGUUCUCUAGUAAUACUAGUCCGGUGCAAAUAGGGCUAUAGGCUUCAUAAAACUCCUGCAGAAUUAAGCAUUUCUUGCAGUAAAAUGGUACACCAAAUGUAGGCAAUAUUUGGACUUGGGAACAGGAGUGGAGAAAUAAUUUCUUUCUGCAAUGCUCAGUUAGAUACCAUCUGUAGAGGUGCUGUCUUCAUCAUAAAAGCUGAUAGUAUUUCAACCACAUCAAAUAUGCAUCGAAGCCGAACUGAAAUAUUAUCAGAAAAACGUUGGGUAGUUUUCACAGCUUUUCUUUUUCCUUACAACCGGUCAAACUGAUGUAAUUUGGACAUUUUGCACUGAAAAUCUUUCAUUUUCUCCACAGUCCCUAAACGUCUUUGCUCGACAAAAGAUGACAGAGAGAACUUUACCAAUGUCAACCUGAUUGAAGCCAUCAUUCUAUCGAUCUAUUACAUUAGUCUGUUGAGCAAGAGUUAUUUAUAGUCUUCUAGGGCAACAUAAUGACAAAAGAGAAGCUACAUGUAUCUAAUUAUAGACAAGUUGACUAACAAAUAGCCAGUGGCAGUUUUAGCAUGUAAAUCUUGGUGGGGCAAACAAAACAGAAAAAUGUGGGAUGCGUGCCAGCAAAGCCACUACACAACACAACACUAAACAAUACAUUAAUUGCACUAUAACGUGACAAAUGGUACCCACAAACUGUUAGGGCCUACAUAAAGCUGUGCCAACAGCAGUCCCAACACCUUACCACUUCUACACCUGGCUAUCAGCGGAGCCUUGUCUGGCAGCGAAACAGUUCAUUCAGCCUCAUUUACAGCCUUUAAAAAAAAAACAUAGCUGAUAUGGCUGACUUGCUUAAACAAAUGUGGUUUUACUGACAAUUGAGAUGUACAAACUAUGACAUAAGGGGACGACAAGCAGUGUUCUCCCUGUACCCCAAGUCAGAACCGUAGGAUAAGUAAAGGGGGCAUAUAAGCAGACAAUGAAAGCUCUUACAAUAUUUGAUGAUUACAUCUCUUAAACAGGUUAUAGGCUACAUGUGUACCACCAAGUCAGAACAGUAGGCGAAAUUAAGAGGGGAAAAUAGACCAAAUUAUUAGGGUGAGGCACAUGGGCUACUAACAACUUACUACACAACAUACACUUAGUAUUACUUUCUUAGCUACAGUAUACAUAUCUCCCUGGCAUAUUACAUCACUUAAGCAGCAGCAUACAAUACAUUUUUGGACUCAACUUGUUGUGCUGUGCUCACUUGAAUAGGAAGGUGGUGCGGCUGUCCUUCGUGGGCAAAUUUGGUCAUAGUCUGGCAUUCUCUGGAUUUAUGGUGCUUUCAAGUCAACUGGGAACUCUGAAAAAAACAAGGUCGAAUCAUGAUGACGUCAGUUAUCUUCAGGUCGUAGCUCUAGAAAUAGGCCAGAGUUCCGGAUUUACAAUUCCGAGUUGGAUGACGUUCAAAACGUAUUUCCCCAGUCGGAGCUAGUUUGUUCCCGAGUUCCCAGUUUUCUUGAACUCACUGAAGUCAGAUUUCGCAGUUCCGAGUUAAGUUGUUUUGAGCGCUGCACAAAUCAUGCUUCAUUGACAGCAUGGCCAAUGUUGAAUGUUUAUCAUUUUAAGCUUGGAAAAUAGACUCUUAAUCUCAGACUUGUGACCACACAGCCACUCCACUGAAUAGCAGGCUAGUGAAUGCUUUGCAAUGCUUGCAGUUAGCCACUGAUUCCUGCCAAACCACUCAUUGUUGAAUUUGCGCUUUUCCAACUUGUUGUGUAAUGUUUAUGUCCAAUUGUGGAUGAGCACAGAUAUGUUUGAUCUAUUAUUUAUCUUCAUAUGACAAGGAUUAAAAAGGAUUUGCCAGUAGAUUGUCGACUUGAUUCAUGAUGACUGCUAGCUAAGAUUUUGAAAGUAUGAUGUUGACAUGAUCAGUUCAAUCAAAGCUACUGUAGAUAUAACGUGAUAUGAUGUCAUUUUAUCUAUGGCCAAUGACCUUGAGCCUUCUUGGAUGGGCACUUCUAAUGUAACUCUAUGGCAGCACCCAAGGGGCUUGAAUUUUUUAGCUCUACCCUUAGACUUGGCAGUGAUGUAGUGUCCCCAUGAGUGACAGAACACUGAGCCAAUCACGGUGCAACUAGAGAAUAUUACCAACACCUAUGCUCCGUAUUUUCCACUGGCUGCCCCACCACCACCACCACAGAAAGCACUGAGCUAGGCUGAAACACCUGCGUUUUGGAGCUGCCUUACUCAAGAAAGCAAAAAAGAGACCAUGUUUGUAUACAGCUUUAUUAACUCAAUGAUUAUUUAAUUUUUUUACAUUGUUUGCAAACUGAUAUGUGACACGUAGUAAUGCCAAAAUAACAUGUGGGGCUCAAAAUGACGGGUCGCCACUGCAAAUAGCCUACCAAAAUGUUGGAAACUUUAAGCAGAAACAUAUGUAUAUCAGGCAACAACAACAAAAAAUCCUGCACCCCCUGUCAAAAAAUAAUUCUGCAGUCUUUGACUGUAGCCUAUAGCGCAUUUUCUAUAUUUGCGGGUUAGGGUCGGGUGCAGGCCUCUGAUUUUCACUUUAUCACAUAUAGUCGGGCAGUUGCGGAUGGGUUAUUAGCAAUUGCGGUCAGGUGCGGUGAACAAACUGCUGAGCCGCACACCACUAGUGUGUGUGGUCAGCUCCAGACGUGCUGUAAAAUUCAAAGUUGGGCGGUCAUAGAGACACUCAGUUAGUGGGAGUGCGUGCUGUUGUGCGAUCACUCUGGUAAGGCGAGAGGCAUGAGGGCAGAACAGCAUUUGCGUUGCUUUCCCCCUACAUGUUCCCAUGGACUAUCUAUUCACCUGUAUGGUUAUUCUCUCUCCCCCCCGCCCCCUCUAUUUCGCUCUCUCUUUUCCCUUUUCCUUCCAGAAUGGUGGAGCAAAGUCCCCCAGCGCUGCAUCUCCAUGCCAACGGUGAUGUCAGCAUGGUGGGCGUCGGCGUGAAGUUGGAGGAGGAGGAGUCUGGAGGAGAAGGGGGAGGAGCCCAUGCCAAGGCAGAGUUGCUCUCCUCCCCUGCCUGUGAUUGGUCAGGACAUCAGCCAGGGGAACGACUGGAGUCUAGACAGCUGACUCCUCCCCUCUCCCGCUCACCCUCCGUAAUAAACUUCUCCCAUUUUUUUGUUUAAACAAUAUUUUAAAGCUUAUCCAGGUCUGCUUCCCAAUCCCACUAGUCCUUGCCUAUAGGCACUUGUGUAGAUCUGGUUGUACUAUGUUUAUCACAGGCAAACUAGCUACAGUUUGUUAGCUAUAUGAUUGUGAUCUAACAAUGUUUUCCUCCUGAGUGGCGCAGUGGUCUAAGGCACUGCAUCGCAGUGCUAACUGUGCCACUAGAGAUCCUGGUUCGAAUCCAGGCUCUGUCGCAGCCGGCCGCGACCGGGAGACUCAUGGGCGGCGCACAAUUGGCCCAGCGUCGUACAGGGUAGGGGAGGGAAUGGCCGGCAGGGAUGUAGCUCAGUUGAUAGAGCAUGGCGUUUGCAACGCCAGGGUUGUGGGUUCAAUUCCCACGGGGGGCCAGUAUAAAAAAAGAUGUAUUCAUUAACUGUAAGUCGCUCUGGAUAAGAGCGUCUGCUAAAUGACUAAAAUGUAAUGUAAAAUGUCUUGGUAGGAGGGCUCUCCUGGUAAGGAACAGCUUCUCAGACAGAGUCCUGUGGGGAUGAAGGGGGGCAGCAGGGGGUACAACCACCGACCAGAGGGACACAUGCACCCCACUGUCAGCGAAGGUAUGGUACACCUACACCUUUUUUUUUUACAAUGAAUCCCAUUUAGAAUCUGAGGAGGCUAGAGGAGUUUGCCUUAGCUCUCAGUGUGCUCAAGUUUGUGCUCCUAUUCGUUGGCUACAGAAUUGCAAUGAAUUUCCCUUGGCUGUUUUUCUUUUUUAAGAGAAGUCACACAAAGUACCUUCCUAUUGAAAUCCUUACAAAGUAGCAGACCUUGAAAUAUGAACUACUGCGUUGAUUCACACACAAUCUAAUUCCAUUUGUUCAUACAAUAUGGCGGCUGGACAACAAGUAACACAUCUUUGUCCUGUGUCCUGUUGGCAGUCAUGCCCACCAUAGAGAAGCUUCUGAGUGUGGACUGGAGGGAUAAACUUCUGGACAAAAGCCCCCUGGGAGGCAACCACCUGAAAGGUGAGCUCUCACCCCUUUACCCCUAACCCCUGACCUUUACCUCUCACCCCUGACUCACCCAUCAGCGCUUUGUCUUAACUGUCUCUCCACCUGUCUGUCAGUCUCUGCUUGCCUGCCUGUCUGCCUCCUAUAUCUAAUUGCCUCUCUAUGUAUAAUCCUGUUUGUACUCAUCUCUCUCGUUCUCUCUCUUUCUUGUUCUCCCUCCUUCCCAGGCACUCCAGAGUCUCUGGCAGAGAAGGAGCUGCAGUUGUUGUUGAUGAUCAACCAGCUGGGUGGUCUGAGGGAGCAGCUGCUGGGAGCCCACUCUGAGCAGAGGAACAUGGCCGCCUUGCUGCUGGAGAAACAACAGCAGCAGAUGGAGCUGGCCAGACAGCAGCAGGAACAGGUGAUCCUGACCUCUGACCCCUAACACAACUCACACUCACUCUGACCCCAAACCCUAACAUUGACCAUAACCUGAGUGUACCUGGACUAAGCUUUAUGUUGUUAAUGUGUGUGUGGUUUAUUCCAGAUUGCCAAACAGCAGCAGCAGUUGAUCCAGCAGCAGCACAAAAUCAACCUGCUUCAGCAGCAGAUCCAGGUGAGACGAGACCUCUAUAAAUGACAUGCUAUUUUCAUAACAGAAUUUAGAAGUAACUUUGGGGUAACUCUGAGUGUGACUGACCUUGUGCCCUCUGUCUGACCUGGUCUCAGCAGGUGAACAUGCCCUACGUGAUGAUCCCAGCCUUCCAUCCCAACACCCAGCAACUCCCUGUCACUUCCGACACCCAGAUGACCAUGCCUCUGCAGCCAAUCCCCUGCAAGCCAGGUGAGUCACACUGCUCACCAACCUCUCUUAGCCAAUCCCCUUCGAGCCAGGUGAGUUACCAUGUUGUCACCAUGCCGACAGCUCAGUGCUUUCAGCAAUAUCUCCUGUAUGUUUUUCUGUAAGCUUUAUCAUAUAAAUAAUACCUUUUAUAGUACUGUAAAUGGACCUGUAUACUUCAACUCAAGGUCUAGUGCGGUAUAAAUACAGAUCACUGCAGCAGAAAUGGAGAGAUGAAUAAUAUAGACCUCUGUCUGGGUAGAGCAUUGCUCCACUCAUAGAAAUAUGGAGAAAAGGCUUCUAUAAGACUUCCUUGAACUCAGAGCGUUUCUAGGAGCCUUGCAGCCUCUCGGUAUGAACAGUAAGAAACACACGUCUGCCCCUGAAUGUAGCCUCACCUCACUGAGCGCAUAACACUGCACUGACAAGAAUACCUCAGCAGCCUUACAAUGCCUGCUGGCUUUCCAAAGGCCUGGGAGGAUGCAGUGAAUAGGGGUGCAGAUGGUCGUUGUGAACCUCAUUGAUCUGUGAGGCAGUGUUUUUCUCUGUCUUGGAGGUCAGGUGGUGUGAAGCUAGGGUAGACUGAAGCAGAUAUGUAUUUUUACCUGGAAUUCCACAGACCAAGGCCCCACUGCAAUGCUUCCCAAAAAUGAGGGUUGGUUGGGGCCCAUUGGUGGGCUGUGACAUGGUUUAGAUUACUCAGUAGUUCAUUAUAAACACUCAAUCCUCUCAUACACUAUGAAAACAAAUAAGUAACAUGCUGACAUCAAGUGAUCGCUGCAGACUUUUAAUGUAUCAUAAAUGUCAAUCUGAAACAACAAAACAAUGGUCAAUUUAGCUCCUCGGUUUUGUUUGUCUUGUUGCUAUGUACUGUGUAAGUUGCAAGAAAAAGAGCAGUAGUCCCUUUCAAAUUGUAUUGUGGUCAGUAACCUUCUCAGUCAAACCCCAUUUUCCCUGCUCAUACCCUUCAAUCUGUGGUGCAGUCAGCAUGAUGAUAGUACAGAUAAUGUCUAAACGUUGUUUGGAUGUUAUUGAUUCUGUUCCCUUCAGACAGGGAUUGUGAAGCUUUCAUCUCCACCCUUUUUAUUUUGCAGUGGACUAUCCCAUGCAGCUGCUGCAGAACUCUCGCUCCACCCCUGUGAAAAGGCCCAGUGGUACCUUCCGUCAGGUAGUGCUUUUCAUCCAUUACUAAACUAUAUGGUAGAGUAAGACCUUUGGCCAGAUUCUAUCUUUGCACCUGUUAUUUUCCAGAUGGAAUAAAAUAAGGUGAAUUGGAAAGUAACCAAAUGGUGUAAAUGCUAAGUGUCAAUAAAGACAGGUUUUCUGUGCUUUAUACCUCUCUGAAAAUAACAGCUGCAAACAUUGCACAGGUUACAAUCCUAAUACAGCACUAUAGUACAUAGUACAUGGAUAUUUGUAUUUGGAUAGCAUGUCAUGUUGGUGGUUGAGGCCUGAGGUAUGUACUGUAUGUACCUAGGAAGCCAGCUCUCUUAACACUACAGAUACAGGCUGGGAGAUCUUUGAAAAUGCUGUCAAAACAAUGCACUCCAAAUUAACAAUGCAUGUUUCUGGUAUCUGGGACAGUGAACAACUUAACAAAUACACCACACCCCAUUCACAGUUGUGUGUGUAUGUGUGUGUGUGUGCCUUUGCGUGCACAAUGCAGUCAUGCUCUGUCUGCACUGUUGCACAAGUGGAAAAGGGCAUCAUGUAAAUCACUAGACAAUCACUAAACAAAAGAAAGAACAGACAGACUAAAGAAACACUACAGCGGUGUGAAAGGAAAGAUCUGCCGUGACACACCAAAUAUGUCAUUCAUAACCCUAACAUACACACCCACCCCAUACCUGGGUGUGUUUGUUAUAUUGACUUUGAUGAGAAUUUAAAGUUGUGUGUGUGUGUUUUAUAUUGACUUAAGUAAGCAGUGUAUUCUGAAUGUGUUUUUUUGUGUUGGGCUGACACACUGCUAAUUGUCUACUCUUCUGUCUUUCAUCCCCUUAGGAAGCCAGCCAGCCUCUGAACCUGACCUCCAAGCCCAAGGGGAUGGACAUGGGGAAGAGCCCCAGCCCGCAGGCCUUUGAGCUGGGCUCGCUGACUCUGCAGGGGGGGUACAGACCCAGGGACAACCAUAGAGACAGCCCUUCACGACCUGCACUUAACCUGGGUCAGUCUACACGCACACACACGUACGUACACAUACACACACACACACACACACACACACACACACACACACACACACACACACACACACACACACACACACACACCGGCCAGCUAGUCUAUUAGGUACAUUAAUAUGCUACACAAAUGGUUCGCUCCUACAGACAGGAAGUCACAAGGCCGUGGCAUGUUAUAUAAAGCAGGCAUCGAGGCCUUCAGUUACUGUUCGAUUGAACAUUACAAUGGGCAAAACGAGUGACCUAAGCGACUGAGUGUGGUAUGAUCAUCGAUGACAGGCGCGCCGGUUCCAGUAUCUCAGCAAUGGCCGACCUCUGGGCUUUUCACGCACAACAAUGUCUAGGGUUUACUGAGAAUGGUGUGAUGAACAAAAAACAUCCAGUCAUGGGCAGUCCUGUGGGCGAAAACAGCUCGUUAAUGAGGGAGGUCGAAAGAGAAUAGCAAGAAUUGUGCAAGCUAACAGGUGGGCCACAAACAGACAAAUAACGGCGCAGUACAACAGUGGUGUGCAGAACGGCAUCUCGGAAUGCACAACUCGUCGAUCCUUGUCACGGAUGGGCUAUUGCAGGAGACGACCACACCAGGUUCCUCUCCAAUCAGCUAAAAACAAGAAGAAGCGGCUCCAGUGGGAACAUGAUCACCAAAACUGGACAAUUGAGGAGUGGAAAAACAUUGCCUGGUCCAACGAAUCCCGGUUCCUGUUGCGUCAUGCUGAUGAUCCUGAGUCAGGAUUUGGCGUAAGCAGCAUGAGUCUAUGGUCCCAUCCUGCCUGGCACACGUUAGGUCCCUUGACACCAAUUGAGCAAUGUUUGAACGCCACACCCUGUAGAAUCCAUACCCCGGAGAAUUCAGGUUGUUCUGGAGGCAAAGGGGGGGGAUCCGACCCAGUACUAGAUGGUGUACCUAAUAAACUGAAUGUUUACACACACACACACACACACACACAUACCUACCUCCACUCAUGCCAUUCCUCAAAUUCAGGCAUGUCAACACCCUGACUGUGUGUGUGGUGUGUGAAAGAACCUGUUCCUCCUUUGACUUCAGGGCUUGUGCGCUACCAUCCCCAUCCCCUCUGAUGCAAUAGGUGUACUCUGAUACCUUGACUCACUUUUAUAUUGACAUUUGCAACACUUUGUCGGUGCACUGUCCAUUUGAGCUUCUAAUGACCAAUUUGUACCUGUUUUUUUCCCCCCCUAAUUUUCUCUCUUUCUCUCUCCUCCUCUCUCUCUACAGGUUUCCUGGGAGAGGGGGAUGUGGUGACCCAGGCCAUCCACGAUGCACAGCAGCUGCUGUGGAGUCAUGGGCCGGGCGGAAGAGUGAGGGAGCGAGAGAAAGACAGCACUGCCAGGAUGGUAAGCCAUUGUCUAAAGUCACUCUCUCCUGUCACACACACACACAGGCUGGCAGGCUUAGGGUCGGGGGUGGGUUCAGGGCCAGGUUUAGGGUUACAGGGAUGCGUGGUCUCACAGUGGCUGUUAUAGACUGGAGAAUGUCUCAGCUACACACACACUGAGAAAGUAUCAGCCAUGUCCUCAAGCAGGAACAACAGCUGCUGUAAACUUACAAAAGUGUUCUUAUAAACACCAUGGGGAUGACUCACCUUUCUCCUUUGUCCACUGUAACACACCUCUCCCCUCCUCUCCCCCUCCUCUCUGCCGUCUCUCUCUCCCUCCUCCUCUUCUCUCCAGAGCCAUAGAUAGUGUUCGGCCAAGUGUGUUUGAAAUGUAGACUUUUCAUGGACUCCACAAUGGCACCAAAAGCUCCAAGACGAGUCCAUUCUUCAGCAGUGACAAUGUCAUUGUUGUGGAGCAUUUGGUGCCAUCAUAGAGGAUAGUCCUUAUGUCUUUCACCCCUCCACCAUCCUCUCUUCCUCUCCUCAGGUCUAUAAACAACACAGUUCUCUCCUCCUCAUCCCUCUAUUAUUUCCUGCUUUAAAACACUGGCUGAUAUGAGAAACAUCACCCUGCUCAGCCAGAAAUAGUGCUGUUCAACUCACUCACGCACGCACACACACAGAGAUAAUGUUAAAUGCUCUCUUCAGACCUGUUUUUAUUGCCGCAACAUUCAAAUAUGUGUACCCAUGUGUGUUAAGGUGUAGGCCUGUGUCUGUCAGGUGUGUGUGUGUAACUCUCUGUCUCUGUGUAGGAGUAUAAGGUGGCUGGACACAGCAACAGGCUGCCACACCCAGACCCGGGAGAGAACAGACAGACCCGCCAAACCAACGAGGACCACCACAGCAGUGACUCUGAGGGUAGGCCCUCCAUAACUGCCUGAUCAAAAAGAACAUGUGGUUUAGAUGGUAGAGGGCAAGCAUGGCAGUAGUCUAGAGCUUUACUCUCCUCCUCUUUAUCUACACUGAUCUGAACACACAACACACAGAGCAGGGGAAAGCAACAUGGAGAAUUCUUGUAUUUGUUUUCACCUUGUUCUUUUAAAAGUGAAGGAAAGUAGAUUUGUUGUUGGCCACUGACUAACUGUCCCCCCCACCCUCUUCCCCUCCUGCAGGCCCCCUGUCUGCUCCUGGUGUAGGGUUGUUUACAGAGGUUCGCAGCCCCCCCUCCUCCGUCCACAUCAAGAGGCCCAUGAACGCCUUCAUGGUCUGGGCCAAAGAUGAGAGGCGACGUAUACUACAGGCCUUCCCUGACAUGCACAACUCCUCCAUCAGCAAGAUACUGGGUGAGCACACACACACGGGGACAUAAAGCAUGCACUAAUGGCUCCUCUGGGAUUAAUAGAGUCGUAUGAAAUUGAAUUGACAUGCAAAACACACACAUGCUGUCAGUCAAUGUGCACUAUAAUUGUUUGUGUGUACUCUUUGUGUGUGUGUGUCUCUAUUCCGGGUGUGUCACCUGCUGUAGUCCUGGCACAGAGGGGCAUGCGAAGGCACGAUCUGCCACCUGCUUCCCCCGGCGACAGGAACCCCCCCACACACACCCCUUUCCUCUGACCAAACACUUACAUUCCAUUCCAUUGUGGAGCACUGGAGACACUCAUGCUAUCGCUCCCUCCUCCCCUCCCUCCCCAUCGAACGUAGUUUAGCUAAGCCCUUUCUCUGGAAAUCUGUGUCCAACUAGUUUCAGGGUUUAAUGUCACGUGCACAAGUACAGUGAAAUGCCUUUCUUUCUAGCUCUAAACCUAACAAAACUGUAAUAAAUAUCAAUGUAGUACUAAAAAUAACAUAAGGUAGAACAAAAACAUACGAGAAAUAUAAAAUAGAAAUAAGAAGAACAGGAGAAAGUAAGAAGCUACAGUAUAUACAGGGUCAGUUCCAAUACCAUAUUUACAAUGUGCAGGGAUACUGGAGUGGUAGGGUUAGAUAUGUAUAGGGGUAAGGUGACUAGGCAUCAGGAUAUAUGAUAAACAGAGUAACAGCAGCGUAUAUAUGAUGAGUGUGUGUGUGUGCGUGUCGAGUCGGUAUAAAUGUGUGUGUGUGUGAGUGUGUAGAGUUCUGUGAGUGUGCAUAGAGACAGUGCAACAACAACAAAAAACAUACAAGGGUCAUCUCACUGUGUAGCCAUUUAGUUAGCUAUUUAGACAUUUACAUUUUCGUCAUUUAGCAGACGCUCUUAUCCAGAGCGACUUACAAAUUGGCAGUCUUAUUUAUGGCUUGGGGAUAGAAGCUGUUCAGGAGCCUGUUGGUAUCAGACUUGAUGCACCGGUACCGCUUGCUGUACGGAAGCAGAGAGAACGGUCUGUGGCUUGGGUGGUUGGAGUCUUUAAUGAUUUUCUGGGCCUUCCUUUCACACCGCCUGAUAUAAAAAUCCUGGAUAGCAGGGAUCUCGGCCCCAGUGAUGUACUGGGCUGUCCGCACCAACCUCUGUAGUGCCAUGUGAUCGAGGGCGGUGCUGUUGCCAUACCAAGCAGUGAUGCAGCCAGUCAAGAUGCUCUCAAUGGUACAGCUGUAGAACCUUUUGAGGAUUUGAGAGCUCAUGCCAAACCUUUUCAACCUCCUGAGGGGGAAGAAGUGCUGUUGCGCCGCCUUCACGACUGUGUGCACGUGUGUCCUUUUUCACGACUCUGUCUGUGUCCUUCCUUCCCUCCAGGAACUAGAUGGAAGUCUAUGUCUAACCAGGAGAAGCAGCCCUACUAUGAGGAGCAGGCCAGGCUGAGCCGACAGCACCUGGAGCGUUACCCCGACUAUAAAUACAAGCCCCGCCCCAAACGCACCUGCAUCGUGGAGGGGCGGAGACUCCGGGUGGGCGAGUACAAAGCCAUGAUGAAGAGCCGGAGACAGGAGCAGAGAGGGGCAUACACACACAGGUAACACACACACACACACUGGAGAUGAUGUUCUGUUAGAGAUUGGCCCUGACAGUGAAUAGAACCUGAGUUGCUAUUAUACAGAGAGCUCUUAGUGAAAAUAAACAAUGAACUCUGUUCCCGUCCCACAUGCAUUUUCUGUAAGAAUACAAACAAACCCACUGUGGUUAAAUAGAAAUGCAGGGCUACAGCUGGUUAUGUCGUUUCUCAUAGUGAAUAAAACUCUGCUCUAUUGUUCUCUAUGACUGUAAAACUGCUCUUGAGUAACAGCAGCUUUGAGUGGUUUGUUUACUUCAGUCCAGUCCUCUUCUCUGGGUAUGGACUUGUCCUGAGACAUGGUGCUAGACCUCUACAUACAGCCAUGCCUCAGGACAAACAACUAUCCAGUCCUUUCAGAUUUAGACAAGGAUUUGGGAUUUGUUGGACAUUCCAGCACCAAAGUCCUGUCUCUUCCUGUCUUCCAGCCAAUCAGAGCCGCUGAAGCUGCACUACGCCCCAGGCGAGGGCCAAUACCCAGGCGGCGGUGGAACGGUCUCCAUGCCGACGGUGCCAUUCCACCCUGCGCUAUUGGAGCACUACCUGCCACGAGGGUUGGAGGCUCCGCCUCCUCGCAGACCUGAGGGGCAGAUCACACCCACUCCACUCCACAGAGAGAGGGAGAGAGAGAGACCACCACCGUACAGCGAGGGGGAGGAGAGCGACAGAGGAGAGAGGAGCGAGGGAGAGCUAGUUCUCCUCACUGACUGA